UGUAGAUGGAGAUAUGGUUUCUGUAGUGAUGAUGCACACUGCAGCAAUCUAUUGGUUGCUGGCUUUGUAAAUUUCAUUCAGUUUGCUCCAAUAGCUGUGGGAGAAGGACUGGUACAGCCUGGUCCUCUCUCCCUCCUCAAUCUCUUGCAGAUCGGUCUCUCUCCGUCUCUGCAUAGGCAAUCACAGCUCUUUACUUGCAAAACCUCCUCUAUCUUCACACUGAUGGUAAUGAAUUUUCCUGCUGAACGGCUAUACAGCUUUUCUCCUGCCAUCAACACAGCCUUUUCUUUUUUCUGGUUAUUACAUUCCUUUGGACUGCAAGACUGCCUUGGAUUCCAACAAAUAUGUUUAUUUAUUUACCCAUGUAAGGAGCCUGCUUUGCAGAAAACACUGUACACGAUCAUCCUCUCUGCUUUGUCAAGGCUAACUCGCUGUAGCUGGAUACUGUAUAAAUAUACAAUGACUGAAUUAGGCAUGUAAACUGACAUCAAAAUUUGGAAUAACAUCACAGUAAUUAUUUCAUCCUCAUGGAAUGGGCUUCACAAAAUCAGUAAUCUGGAUUUUACAGAUGGCAAUUAUGCAAAUAAGGCAAUAAUUUCUGUGGCGUCUUUCAUCUAAAAAAAAAUUGAUUUUUUUUCCUGGCUGAAGUCAUAUAUUUGUUGUUGUCCUCUCGACCUGGGAGAUCUCACUAUUGCUGAUGUUGAUGUAAACAAUGUCGAGACCAAAGGGAUUAAUAUGGUUGCCUUUGAUCUUCACCCCUGUCUGUGUUAUAGUAAAUUCAAACUUGCUAUUAUGGAUAGCAGCAUUUGCUGUACGAUUUGCAAUAGUCGAUGGCCAAGCACAGCAUCCAAUUGUACCCACGAACUAUGGUAAGAUACGUGGCACAAAAACAUCCUUAUCCAUAGAGAUUCUUGGACCAGUAGAGCAAUACUUGGGAGUACCCUAUGCUGCUCCACCAACUGGAGAGAGACGGUUUCAACCACCUGAACCACCCUCUUCCUGGACUGGAAUCAAGAAUGCCACACAAUUUGCUUCGGUGUGUCCACAGUUUCCGGAUGAAAGAUCAUUGCUAAAUGACAUGCUGCCUGUAUGGUUUACUGCCAAUUUAGAUACCAUUGUGACCUAUGUACAGGAUCAAAGUGAGGAUUGCCUAUACUUAAACAUCUAUGUGCCAACUGAAGAUGGAGCCAACACAAAGAAACAAGCUGAUGAUAUAGCCAAUAAUGACCGAGGUGAAGAUGAAGAUAUCCAUGAUCCAAACAAUAAGAAACCAGUCAUGGUAUACAUUCAUGGAGGGUCCUACAUGGAGGGUACUGGAAACAUGAUUGAUGGAAGUAUACUUGCAAGUCAUGGAAAUGUCAUUGUCAUUACAGUUAACUACAGACUAGGUGUCUUAGGAUUUCUAAGUACAGGGGAUCAAGCUGCAAAAGGAAACUAUGGAUUACUUGACCAAAUACAAGCUUUACGAUGGAUUGAAGAGAAUAUUGGUGCUUUUGGAGGGGAUCCAAAGCGAGUCACUAUUUUUGGAUCUGGGGCUGGAGCAUCCUGUGUAAGCCUAUUAACCUUAUCCCACUAUUCUGAAGGUUUGUUCCAAAAAGCAAUCAUACAAAGUGGAACAGCUCUCUCCAGCUGGGCCGUGAACUACCAGCCUGCCAAGUAUACUAGGAUAUUGGCAGAUAAAGUGGGCUGUGACAUGCUGGAUACUAUUGAAUUGGUUGAAUGUCUUCGGGAGAAGAAUUACAAAGAACUAAUUCAACAGUCUAUCACACCAGCCACAUAUCACAUUGCCUUUGGACCAGUCAUUGAUGGUGAUGUCAUUCCAGAUGACCCACAAAUACUCAUGGAACAAGGGGAGUUCCUUAACUAUGAUAUUAUGCUUGGAGUUAAUCAAGGGGAAGGAUUAAAAUUUGUCGAUGGUAUUGUAGAUAACGAAGAUGGUGUCUCUCCAAGUGACUUUGACUUUUCAGUGUCCAACUUUGUAGACAAUUUGUAUGGUUAUCCAGAGGGAAAAGAUACACUUCGAGAAACAAUUAAGUUCAUGUAUACAGACUGGGCUGAUAAAGAAAAUCCUGAAACACGAAGGAAGACAUUGGUAGCACUUUUUACAGAUCACCAGUGGGUGGCACCUGCUGUUGCAACUGCUGAUUUACAUGCUCGUUAUGGUUCUCCAACAUAUUUCUAUGCAUUUUACCACCAUUGCCAAAGUGAAAUGAAACCAUCCUGGGCUGAUUCUGCUCAUGGUGAUGAAGUCCCCUAUGUUUUUGGCAUUCCUAUGAUUGGACCUACAGAACUCUUUAACUGCAAUUUCUCAAAGAAUGAUGUCAUGCUCAGCGCAGUUGUUAUGACAUAUUGGACUAACUUCGCCAAAACUGGGGAUCCAAACAAGCCAGUGCCACAAGAUACAAAAUUCAUCCAUACUAAACCGAAUCGAUUUGAAGAAGUUGCCUGGUCCAAAUAUGAUCCAAAAGACCAACUAUAUUUGCAUAUUGGUCUAAAGCCAAGAGUAAGAGACCACUAUAGAGCAACAAAGGUGGCUUUUUGGUUAGAAUUAGUACCUCAUUUACAUAAUCUGAAUGAAAUAUUUCAAUAUGUAUCUACAACGACAAAGGUACCUCCUCCAGAUAUGACAUCUUUCCCGUUUGUGACAAGACGUCCUGGAAAAUCAAGGGCAACUACAAAGCGUCCAGCUAUGACACCAGCAAAUAGCCCUAAAGAAACACAAAAGACCGAUGUGGGUCAAACUACCAUAAUUGCAGAAGACAAGAGAGAUUACUCCACAGAACUUAGUGUUACAAUUGCUGUUGGAGCAUCUCUUUUGUUUCUGAAUAUUUUAGCCUUUGCUGCUUUGUAUUAUAAAAAAGAUAAAAGACGCCAUGAAACUCACAGACGACCUAGUCCUCAAAGGAAUACAACAAAUGAUAUUGCUCAUAUUCAAAAUGAAGAAAUAAUGUCCUUGCAGAUGAAACAGCUGGAGCAUGAUCAUGAGUGCGAAGCUCUUCAGGCACAUGAUACUCUACGACUUACCUGUCCACCUGACUACACCCUUACACUGAGGAGGUCACCUGACGAUAUUCCACUCAUGACUCCCAAUACCAUAACGAUGAUUCCAAACACAUUAACAGGGAUGCAACCACUGCAUACCUUUAAUACUUUUAGUGGAGGCCAAAAUAGUACUAAUUUACCCCAUGGGCAUUCCACUACUCGAGUAUAGCUUUGUCAUGUUUUUCAUCCUCUUGGAGAAAACAAAAACAAACAGAAAACUUGUGGAGAAUUAGGAAAGAAGGAAUUAUUUUCUUACUUAUUCCCGUCUUGAGGAAUUGUCAAAUAUUCAUAUUGAUCAAUCCAAGACAUGAAUUGUGUAAAUUGCUGUUAUGAUAAAGCUUAUGAAUUUAUCCUUGCUAGAAGAAUUUAGACAAACUUAAUAUUCUGAACAAUCUCCUAGAAGAAAAUGGAUGUUUUCUCUAUCAUACAUGAUGAGGAAAGCUGCUCUGGAACAGAAAAAUAUAAUGAUGUUACUGCUUUGUUUUUGUUUUCUAAAUACGCUAUGUGCCAUAAAAACAUUGGGCCCAUGGUCAGAUGCGUUAUUUUAUUGAGCUUUUUAUUAAGCUAUAACUCACAAUGGAAAAUCUAUUUAAAGCAGAGAACUGACUAUGCAGAAUAAAAUGUAUCAUUCUGACAAUGAAGGUAUAUGCCAUUCUGAACUGUAUUUAAAGAAACAAAUUUGUAAAAAAUGUAAAUAGCCGUGAGUUACAAAAAAAUAUCUUUUAUUGUUGUUUUAAGUUUGAAAAAAGAACUUUUAGAAAGAUUGUGCUUUUAGUUGUGACCUAUGUGUAUAUACAUUAGUCAAGAACCAUCUUUGUUGCCUCCAGAACAAGAAAAAGAGUUUUCUUCUAAUAACUUUUUCUCAAGACAGAGUUUUGAGAUUUUAUAAUCUGAUUCAUUUGUAGGAAAUAUUGCAAGUUCACUUGAAGAUGAAUUUUUGGAUAUGUUAACUACAAAACUCCCCUUUGAGGUUACACAAAUGCAUGUGCAAUUUUAUCUUACAAGCUUUUUUCCUUUCAGCAAUGUUUUACAUUUUCGCUCUUGUUUCAUGAAUAUCUGAAGGAUUGGUAAAUGCUCCAUUCUGAUAAACACUACUUAUAAAAUGCAUUUGAGAAUGUCUGAAAUUACUGUUUCCUCAUAGCGCCCAAAAAGAAACAACAACAAAAAAAACAACAGAAAGAUAAAGAACAUACUGUUGGUCGAUGUAAUCAUCAGCAGCUUAGAUAUUAUAUAGUAAAAAAAAACUUAAAAAAACAAAGCAAUGAUAUUACCAAUGUAAUGUUAUUUGUUCUUAAAAUUGAGAAGACACUUUUGUUACCACGCCCAGCAUCUAAUGUUUGUCAUAUACAAUGUGGGUCAACAAACAUAUUUUUUUAUUUUCUUUUUUAAUAAUUAUGUACCUGUCACAUAAGUAAUGCACAUGACAGAAAACUAAAAAGAAAGACCACCAAAUGAUUUUCAAAUAAAUUCUGAACAUUUUAUUGGAAAAA